AUGCCUCGUAGGCACGGUGCUUUAGACGACUACACGUCUGCUGUGCCUCAAAUCAUCUUGUCAACCUCCGAUUCCGAUUAUCUAGAUCACCUCAUACCGGUGCUUAAAGAUGCAACCAACUCACGGCGUACGCCAGCCCUUCUGCAGUCAUUGUCUCGUUAUUCCGAGGACCGCGAAGCAGACAUUGAACGGAUCGGAUUGACCAAACACGAAGAGUUUCUCGAUUCGGUCCACAGACUACAAGAAGUCCGCGAAGGGACUGUUACCCUCACCACUGAGAUUCUCAAGCUCAACCAAUCAAUUCAAGCAAGUACCGAGAAGCUUGCCGAUCAAAAGGGUGCCCUUGUCAACACCAAGGCUGUGCGCCAGAAUAUUGCUGACGCGGCGGAUGCGCUUCGAGAAUCCCUUACGGUGCUCCAUGCCGUGAACCACUCCCAUGAGCUCGUACGCCGCAAAAAAUACUAUUCCGCCUUGAAGUCGCUGGAGGAUUUGCAGAAUGAACACCUUGUUCCGAUCCUCCAGAAUCGCUAUGCCACCCAGCAUCGCCUAGCAGAUGCAAUUCAGAAGUCUCUUCCUGCUUCCCGAAGGGCAAUUUCCGAAGCCGUCAUGUCGGACUUGAACACCUGGCUCUUUCGGAUUCGUGAGACCUCACAAUUUCUGGGUGAAGUUGCGUUCUAUCAUACAGAAAUGCGAAGAAACAGGCAAAGGGCGCGAAUUGAAAACGAAAAAUUCUUGGAGAAUUUCAAGCUGAAUUCGUCCAUUGAGUUGAUUUCAGAUGAGAAUGAGGAAUUUGAUGUUCUCGACAACGAAGAGCUCCAAGUUGAUUUUACACCGCUGUUUGAAGCUCUGCAUAUUCAUGAUGCCCUUGGACAUAGCGAUCGAUUUCGCUCGGAAUACGCCUCUACCCGACGCCAGCAAAAAGACCUUUUGGUGCCCACUUCGAUUGAUUUAUUGGCUGAGGAUGGGUCUUCUCUUAGCAGUCUUCUUGAAGGAAUUGCAGGAUUUGCAAUUAUAGAAAAGGCAACGAUGCAACGGGUCCCGUAUCUACGAUCCGUGGUUGAUGUAGAAGAGUUGUGGGAUUCCAUGUGUACCGCCGCUAUAGCCCUCACCACGAAGGCUCUAACAAACAUUGAUAAUGCUGAAGUCUUACUUAAGAUUAAAAGCGUCAUUGCAUUGUUCAUUCAGACCAUGGAAGGCUGGGGAUAUUCUGUGUCUACUCUGGAUAACUUUCUCCUGCAGCUCUUCGACAAAUAUGCUCAGCUACUGAAGCGCCGAUUCAGCGAAGAUUUUCAAGAGAUCGUUUCGACGGAUGAUUAUAUGCCGAUGGCUAUCAACUCACUCAGCGACUACGAAAAAGUGAUAAACGUCAGCUGGUUCACGCCAGAUCGACCUACAGAGGAGCUUACGUUUCCAUGCGUUUUACCAUUUUCUCAGAUGUAUCCACUCUGCUGUAUCGAUAUUCGAAACUUUUUGAAUCAGUUCUAUUUCUUUCUCGAUGAUCACUUUCAGCACUCAGAUAUCAUUGAUGAGACGCUUCGAAAGUCUCUAGACGAGCUCCUCAGCGAGAAAGUCUGCAAAUCCCUCGUCGAGCGUCUAAGCUCCCAAUAUCUGGGUCAAAUAGUGCAGAUCCUUAUAAACUUGGAGCACUUUGAAAUAGCCUGUCGAGAGUUGGAACAGCUAUUAAUACGAGCAAGGUCGUCUACUUCAGCGGGUGGUCCUUUGAGACUAAACGCCACGGAAGAGUUCCGCAACAACAAGAAGACUGCUGAGAAGAGAAUAUUUGAACUGGUCAACUCCAAAAUUGAUGACCUCGUUGACACGGCAGAAUACGACUGGCUGGCGAGCGGUGUGCCGACAGAGCCAAGCAAUUACAUGCAAACGCUCACUCGGUAUCUAUCCAAUAUUAUGAACUCGACGCUUCUGGGGUUGCCAAGGGAAAUCAAGGAGUUGAUUUAUUUUGAUGCUCUAAGCCAUGCAGCUGAAAAGAUCCUGGCCCUCCCUCUUUCACCAGAGGUUCGACACAUCAACGGGCAUGGUGUCUUUGCUCUGGCACAGGAUGUCAACUAUCUUACAGAGUUUGUCGGAAGCCUUGAAAACGGGCAGAUGCUACGCGAAAAUCUUGACGAACUUCAGCAGACUGUAAAUCUGAUGCAAUCUGACAAUCAUGAAGAAUUUUAUGAUAUUUCAAUCCGCAACAAGAAAUAUGGCCGAGUUGACGUGCUCAAUGGGCCGAUCCUACUUGAGAAGUAUGCCAUCACCGGAACACCUGAAAAUAAACAAAAACAACGAAAAACCCCUUAA